UGCUGAAGCUAAGAAUAGUUCGGUGCUACUAAUUAAUUAAUGGAGUUAGUAUAAUAUACCUGACUGCCGGAUUUGAUGGGUCGACUUUAGCAUUCUGGCCGCCUGAAACUGAAAAACAAUGUCAAGAGUGUUCACAUUAUGAAUUUAUGAUCAAGCAUAGAAAGAAUUCCUGCUCGACACAACUGUCUGCAAAAUUGCAGCUCGAGUUAAAUGUAUCACAUAGUAAAGUUAGUACAAAGUUGAGAUACUUAUUUUGGGACGGAGGUAGUAUAAUAUAAACCUCAAAAGAGAAUGCAUUGUUAUGAAGACUGCAUCCAAAGAAAGCUGUAUGCAUUGUUACUGGAUCAGAUACCAUUUUCUGUGCCUUUUUUUUACCAAUCCAAUCAGGCCAGGCCAGCUCAUUCAUAAGUUACAUAUUCUUUAUUACGUAGGUGUAGCAAAACUCUUUCAUUAAUUAGAAUGACCAUACCAGAGCCAGACUGAUACUUUGAGUGCCUCCAUAAACCACUUUUUUUGCUGCCCAUUCAUUGCGUGUUGGCGGAUGCAAAUAAGGCCUUGCAACCCAAGUCAAGCAUAAAGGAAUCUUCAGCUGAUUUAGAUUGCCUCUGUGCAAUUCCUUACCUAGAGCCGUCACUUUGGUUUGGUGCCACACACACACAGCAAACCGGCAGCAUGACUGCGGUGGCAACCGCCCCUACCAUGCAUCCCGAGCUGCUCAAGGCGGCAUGCCAUGGCAGCUGCAGGGAACUGACGAACCUUCUGAACGGAGGAGCGGCCGACGUGCCUAUUGAGGUCGUUGUCGACAUCGACCACCCCGGCACCGUGCGCUCACCACCAUCGUCCUUGCUCCUGGAAGGGGUCACCCCAGACGGGGACACCGCACUCCACGUCGUAGCAGCCUACGGGUACCUGAAGAAAGCCAGGGCAGUCUACGACAAGGCGCCGCACCUCUUGGGCGCACGCAACAGUGGCGGCAGCACGCCGUUGCACUGCGCCGCCAGGGCCGGCCAUGCCCCGAUGGCCGCUCUCCUUGUUGAGCUGGCAAGAGGGGAAGAGGUCGCUGGUGAAGAUGGGAGGGUGACGACGCUGGUGAGGAUGCAGAACGAGCUCAGGGAGACAGCCCUGCAUGAGGCGGUUCGCGCUGGUCACAUGCUCACGGUGGCUGAGCUGAUGACGGCGGACCCGUUCCUCGCUCGCGUUCCGGACAGCGGGACCUCGCCCUUGUUCCUUGCCGUCUCUCUGCGACAUGAACAAAUCGUGCGGGAGCUCUACCAGAGAGACAAGAAGUUGUCAUACUCCGGGCCAGAUGGACAGAAUGCUCUUCAUGCUGCAGUUCUUCGAAGCAGAGAUAUGACAAAAUUACUACUGAGCUGGAACAAGGAGCUUACUAAAAAGCGAGACCAACAUGGAAAUACACCUCUACACUUUGCGGUAUCAUUAGAAACUGGCACACGUGGUAUGCUUCCCCAAUAUGCCGUGCCCGUGGUAAAUGGAACCAGCAUUACAAGUUUUCUGAACGUAGUGGGAACACCAAUGGACCUUACCAUGCAUAUAUUGGAGGCGGAUGCAUAUUCAGCAUAUCAACCGGACGAAGAAGGGUCAUUCCCCAUACAUGUCGCUGCAUUAGCGGGGAGACUUUCAUCUGUCAUCAUCUUACUUUUAAAGUGUCCAGGUUGCGCCAGCUUACGUGACACCCAUGGGAGAACUUUUCUCCAUGUUGCUGUCAUGAAGAAAAGAUAUGAUAUAGUUCGGUAUGCCUGCCAGACACCCAUGUUUUCUUCAAUUAUGAACAAGCAAGAUAAUGAAGGAAACACUGCAUUACAUCUAGCUGUAGAGGUUGGGGAUUGGUGGGGUUUCACUUGUCUCUUCGCAAACAAAGAAGUAGAUUUGAAUCUACCAAACAACAAGCAACAUACCCCGAGAGAAAUUUCAGUUAGCAGUACUCCGACCGGGUUAUACUGCCUGCUGCACUCACGGAUUUUGAUACAACAAGCUCUAAUAUCUGCUGAUGCUACACUUCAGAUUUGUCGGCGGGAUAACAUGAAAAAAGGACCUAGUACCCAAUCUGAUGUUAAGAUUGAUGCUGUAAUAUCAAACUCAACGCAAUUUCUCGGCCUUGGCUUAGUAUUAAUUACAACAAUGGCUUUUGGUGCUGCUUUUGCCUUACCUGGGGGUUACAGAGCUGAUGAUCACCCUAAGGGAGGAACACCAACUCUGUCUACCGAUAAAGUAUUCCAAGGAUUCUUGAUGGCGAAUGCAUUGGCAUUUAUAUGCUCGUCCUUAGCCGUCCUAAGCCUUGUGUUUGCAGGAACACCCACAGUCGAAAUACCCAUGCGCUACAUGCACUACAAUAUAUCCAUAUGGUUAUCUUUCAAUGGAGUCUUAUCUUUGGGGACGGCCUUCGUAUUGGCUAUAUACAUCAUGAUCACCCCAAUUAUUUCUGGAACUGCUAUUAUGGUCAUGGUGGUGUUUUCUUCCUUAGAAAUCCUCUACAUGCCAUCAUUAGUUGAGAAGAUUGUUAAAUUCAUGAUAGUGGUAUGUGGUAGAGUAGGAAUAUUGCCAGUAAUGCUAAGAUCAGAGAUGCCAAAGGUAAUGUUGCUUACAAUUUGGCCCCUCAUGGUAAUCUUUGGAUGGCAAGAAUACGCAUGGCGACACAUGUGGCAUUAUGUACCUGUAGCACAGAAACUGGUCACUUGAGGUUGAAGCAUGGUCAGUCCGGAUGGGGUCUUGUGGGCAUGAUUUCUACUUUUUAGAAGUUGCUACACAUUCAAAAUCCAGUUGGCCACUGGAUUAUAAUUCUGGAGUAGAGGAGUCUAUGUAUUUUUUUUACUUGAAUAUGAUAUUAUAUUAGUAAUUAAGCAAGAUUAUCGUUUGUUUUUAGACUCCUUCUAAUUUUAUUAUUUGUGGUUGCCUGAUAUGUCUUUCUUGUUUCCUUUUUCAAAAUUAGCACUCCAACAUUUGUUCAGUCAAAUUUGAACCAACAUGACACAUGCAAGGCGACAAAUGAAACAAACAGCACCCCCUACAGAUAAAAGGUGAAAUUUCAAAUGAUUGUAUAAACUGAAUGACCAUAUUUUCAUUCCACAAUUCUGGAGUAAAACAACUCUGAAAACUACUAGGAAGAAAGAGACGCAAUGGAUAAUCAAAGCUGGCAAACAAGGCAACAAUAAUCAUAAUUACAUACUCUACCUUAAAUAAUGAAUAAAUGGAAAAGGAAGAUCACAUAUUCUGCUUUACAAAACAAAUAAAUGGAAAAGGAAGUUCAUGAAUCGGCAUAAGUGAUAAUACAGGAGGCACGGCUGAAACUUCAUGUUUCUUGAAUCAACAGAAGUGAUAAUAUAAUGCAUGUAUAAGUGGGUACAAUCACAAUGAGUACUUCAUGUCGAAGAAGAUUCAAAAGGUCAAAGGCGAAUUAACAAGACAACAACACAUCAUAUUACAUAGUUCUCCUUACAACACAAAUAAAUGGAAAAAGGAAGUUCAUUAUGAGAAAAAUGCAAUAGGCGCUGCAGAGACUUGCAGAAUUCAGAGGUAUGUGGGUACAAUGACCUUGUAGAGGGAAGGCGGAUCAAAACGCCAAGACAAAUUUAGUGUUCUCCAAUUUUCAACAGUCUCAAAUGAGAAUAAACAUACACCACAUUAUUCUAAAUCCAGCACAGGUACUCGAGAUAAGCAGCACUAGAUCAACAAUAGAAACAAUAGCAGAUAUAGAUACUGCAAGUUACCUCACUUAUGGCAUUGCUGCUUCUGAUGGUGGUCAUAUCUGACAUGCUCUUUUGGAGGGAUAAUCUUCAAACAUUGCCUUUGUAAGUUCGUAUAGACCGCUUUCACUCAGUGCCAUGUAAGUGGUAUUCUUCACUUGGCAAGAACAUAUGGGAUCAAUCACCAUAUCAUGAACACGAUAGAUUUUUCCAUGCUUUCAUCAAAUUGAUGUCUAUUGGUUGAAUCACGCUUCUAUUUAUGAUCUCAUUGAGUAACUCUAUCACCGAGCUCAAAUAGGCUAAUCUCUUGUUUUUCAUGAUAAACAAAA